GCGGUCGGAUUAGGGUGAAACCGAAUCCACGCUUUCCAUUCAUAAAAAAAUUAUCUUUUAAAAGAAAAUCUGAAAAACAGGAAUUUUGGGAUAAUUACUUGGAAAGGAAGGAGAGAAUCUUCGAGGCUUCUAUAUAUUCUACUAUUUUCGGUUUCUACAGGGGACGAUUCUGGAGAGCAAUGAAAAAAGCUAGGGUUUAAAAAACAAUAUUCCUCUUUUAGAUUUUAGAAAAUCGAAAAAAAAAUACAAGAAAAAUACACCUCUGUUUAUUCUAUUUGAUUUCGGUUUUUUACUUUCAAAAAAUGGAGUUUGAUUGAAUUUGAGGGUGGUUUGAGUCCGUUGCAUAUUGAAGCUGCCGUUCGAUAUUGGUUCAUGAUUCCCGUCCGCAAUUCCGGUGCGGGUUAGUUGCUGUCAUUCCUUGCCGAGUUUUGAAGCCAAGUUUGUAAUUGUUGAUUUCGUCUGCUCUUAUUAAAGAAAUUUUGUUUAAACAGUGUAGCAAAAAAAAUCAGAAUUGCGAAUCUUGCGGAACACAAGAACCCGAGAGUAACGAGUUCAUAUCACCACUAGCAGCCGGGAUGAGUGCCAAAUUAAUGGUAGAAGUCACCUCUGAAGUCUCUCCAUCAACUGUGGCCUUAGCCACUGCUGCUCGUCAAACAGGAGGUAAAGUUGUCUGCAUUAUUCAGGAGCAAAAAUUGGACAAGCCGCAGAAAGUGAUUGAAGAAACAGGGCUAAAUGACAUGGUAGAAUUCAAGACAGGGGACCCUGUUGAUGUCUUGCCUAACUACGAGAACAUCGAUUUCUCUCUCGUCGAUUGCAAGACUAAAAACUACGAUAAGUUGAUAGAAAAACUCGAUGUUAAUCCCGAAAGAUCAGUUGUAGUCACAAAUAAUGUAGAAGGGAGAAAAGGGGUUAUAGGAAAACUGAAAAAAGUGGAGAAUGAGGUUAAAAUAUUUUCAACUAAGCAUCCUAUGGGUGAAGGUUUAGAGGUUACUAUGAUAGAAAGUGUUAAGUUUAUAAUUUUAAUAAUGAUCAAUAUCCAUAAAGAAGUCUUGAUUAAUGUUAUACAUGUGUAUGCAGAUUCUAUAAAAUGGGAGAUUCAAAGUGGUCUACUUUGAUUGUAGGAAUGAAGGCAAGGACAAGAAGCUCAAAAAGAAAGUCAAUCAACACUGAUCGAUCUCUCAAGUAUGCAAAAAUAAGAAUGAAGGACUAAAGCAAUGGAAAACACAAUAUAGUGGGAGACAACUGGAAGUGCUGUCUAAAACAUGAAGCACUCCUUAAAUAAAUCAAUCUACCCCACCAAAUAGAGACAAAAUGAAGUGGUGCUUGUUGUCUCUUUCUUUGAUACAACAUAAAGCACUCAUUGAAUAAAUUAAUCUACUCCACCAAAUGGAGACAAAUUGAAGUGGUGCUCAUUUCUUAAGUAAAGCGUGGAGCAUCUCGGCAAAUAUGGAGCAUCUCGGCAUGGAACAAGAGCACUCCUUGGAUUAAUUAAUCUAGCUCAUCAUUCUUGAAGGAAUCAGAGACAUUUCUGGAAUCAAAUAUCAGUAACAUACUGUCGGCAUCAAAAGACCAAUAUACAACAAUACUCGGCUAUAAGAAUACUGGAAAACUCAAGGAUUGAUUCACGCAACCUUCUAUACAAUUGUCUAUCCACCUACAAGUUCUUUGUUCUACUCUUAACAAGCAUUGAGAUUUAUAUUUAGUAGAUUUACUGUGUACAUAAAAGAGUGAAGAGAGACUGAAAAAUAUUGGAGAGGCAGUGUGUCCUUAGAGGUUGGGUCAUUAUUCGUUUCUUUGGUGAGCGAGUGAAAACCAAAGAGUCGUAGUUGGUGAGCGUAUUAAAACCAACCUUGUAAAAAUUGGUGGUGAACGUUGAAAAUCACACAAGCUGUAUACAAUCAUAUCAUAAAGAGAUCAAGAGAUAACAUCCUUGCAACCCAAGGAGACUGGAGUAGGA